CAAGAAACCGCACCAUCAGAAGAGAUAGAUACCGACCACUCUCCAUUCUUUGACAUCUUUCGCCGCGUGGCCCAAUUAUAUUGCAGAACUUUGCUGGAAAAUAUUCACAACAAUUUGUUUUCUACUGGAAGUGAUCGUUGUGCAGAAAGAAGAUGCAAAGCAUGGAGCCUGUUCCCGCAGCUCGCGCACCGUCUUAUCACAGUAUAACUGGCUUGAGCUACACGGAGCUCUGGAAUUCAAUCCACGCCAACUACCACCCUGUCUCUUCCAACUACUCCCUCCCUGAAGAGCAACAACAACAGCUCCAAGAGUUGUCCCCAGUUGUCGCAGUCAACGAGACCAGCACGGCCGACAUGGAGCUUUCAUCUGGCAGCUCCACUGGCGGAUUCCAGUGGAGCGGCGACUCCAGCGUGACCUGCGGCAGCGGCAGCCCUGCCAAGGAGCGGGGACAGUCAGCAACCACCAGCAUUUACUCGACGGCAGGGACCAAAGAUCUGACCGGACUAAGGCCUUAUCAGCCCUCGUCGGCACAGAAUCGUCUGACCGUGCAAACGCUAGCAAGCGUGGACCGCGACCAGUACAGCUUUAAUCCAGCUCGAUGGGCGGAUCAUUCCAAGCCCUUCCACAUUGCUGACAGUGACGCGGCUGACACUCUCCUGUCCAUGAAGCGGGCUGCCGUUUUCCCCCUUAACGCGGCCGUAGCUAAGCCUGGCGGCACGAAAGGACUGUGCACUGACUACGGAUACGAGGAGCUAAAGCCGAGCACCGCGCAGUGUGUGAAAAAGGAGUCUUCUUCCCGACAGAACUGGGAUGUUCUGCGAUAUGGAAGAGACGCGCAAGAUACCAGGGACGGUUUACAUCCCUGGUACUGUGGAAACCAAGAGCUCAGUCACUUCCUCUCCUCGACGGAAACCAACGACCAGCCACCCACAACCAAGGAACUGGCGUCGGAACCAGACGACUUCAGAUCCGCGCGCCAUCGUGCCACCACAGACGGGCACCAUACUGCCGUAUACACCAACCCCAAGACCAUCAAUUCGCAUCAUUGGCCGUCAAGUCCAGCGCUCAACAUUCGAGAUUUACCCGCCAACUCUUGGUACUACACGAGGUCUAUUGGUGACAGCCUAUCGAACAGCUUUGCCACUGCAAGGUGGAACGUGAACGCCCCGCCGCCCCUUCCAAAGCACCAUCAGCAACCCUUGGUCAUCACCGGUGGUUCGGGCGCCGCAGCGACUCCCGUCACCAACCGGUCCCCGGGCGCCGCCGGAGGAACCAUCACCCUUCACCAGCAGACACUGAAAUAUAACGACAACAACAACAAGAGCAACAACCAGGCCUCUCAGAAUCACCAAUGUCAUAUUUGCGGCAAGUCCUGCACACGUCCCAGCUCCCUCCGGACCCACCUACGGUGCCACUACGGCGAGAAGCCGUUCCUGUGCCAGCUCUGUGGCAAGAGCUUCUCGCAAGCCGCCAACCUCACUGCUCACAUGCGCAUCCACAGCGGGGAGAAACCAUUCAAGUGUGUCGUCUGCAAUCGCAGUUUCUCACAGAGUUCGUCGGUCAAGACCCACAUGCGGACGCACACGGGUGAGCGGCCCUACCCUUGCACCUUCUGCUCCAAGUCGUUCUCCGACAGUUCCACACUGAGCAAUCACCGCCGGACGCACACAGGGGAGAAACCUUACAAGUGCCGGGCAUGCUGUCGAUCCUUUAGCCAGUCUGGUAACCUCAACCGACACCUGAGGAUACAUCGGAGAACAUCAGGUGGGCAGUCUGCAUCUGCCGCGACCGGUGGGAUGACGGCACUGCGGGAGUGAUGGAAUAGUGGCGUGUCAAGCGGAGACUCGGGAAAAGAAGCCUAGGGGACACUGGGUAGAAUUCAGUAUCUUAACCCACAUUUUCACAAUAUCCUCAUUGAUGGUCAGUAGUUGCACAAGAAAAGGAGCUGAGAAAUAUUUCCAAUUUGGUUUGGUAUUACUUUGGAAAUUUUCACAAUUUCCCAUAGGCCCUAUGCAGGGUGAGUACAAACAAAACGAAACCCAAAUGUCGAGACCAUUUUUGUAGUGAAGUUCUGCAUGUAACACUUUCAAAAUCUAAGAUAUGAAAGCCCAAUUCAUAAGCUUC